UAACCCAAAAUCCAAAUUUGCACAAGUCUCUGUGUGUGUUCUCUCUCUAUAAUCAUGUGGGUGUAUAUAUGAUGAGCUCUAGGCAAAUUUGCAGAGAUCACUCACAUCACAGAAACAAAAUACCAUCUCAAUCUUCCAAAAUUCUUCAAACUUCUUCAAGAAAUUAACCAACACUUCACCAAAACCACUUUUUUAUUCUUGAUGAUUCUCCCCUUUUCGCCGCUUCACAUAUUUUGAUCUCCUAAAAGAUCACAACUUUUUCUUGAUUUGUGAUCAAGAUCACAAAUUUCGCUCAAAUAUCAAAUAAAAAUCGAUUCUUUUUCGUGACCCAGAAAAAAAUAAACAAAAAAAAAAUGCAAGAUCCAUCUCUAUAUUCACAGAUCAAAGCGCAAUCACAGCCUCAAUUUCCAGAGCAAGAACACCUGAAAUGCCCUCGCUGCGAUUCCACAAACACCAAAUUCUGCUACUACAACAAUUACAAUCUCUCCCAGCCUCGCCACUUCUGCAAGAACUGCCGCCGCUACUGGACCAAAGGCGGCGCCUUGCGCAACAUCCCCGUCGGCGGCGGCUCCAGAAAGAACUCCAAGCGCGCCGCCUCCUCCUCUUCCACCUCCGCCGCAGUCGCAAAACGCGCCCCCUCCGCCGCCGUAUCAUCGCCGGCGAAUGAGAGCAAGAGCGAAACCACCGAGCCGCCGCCGCCGAAGGGGGAGAAUUUCGCGGGGCAGUUUGGGAAUUUUCUGGAGGCGGGCGGCGAAUUCGUCUCUCUCUUGGGCUCCGGUGGGGGGCAUUUCGGUAAUUUACUAGACGGGUUGGGGGCGAGCGGUUCCGGGUUGCAGAUGACGGGUCAGUUUGGCGAUCCGGGUUCGGGUCAGAAUGUGGAGAGUGGUGUUAUUAGCAACAAUGCCGAUGGAUUCUUGAGCAUCCACGGCGGAGAAGGCGGCGGCGGCGGCGGAGGAGAGAGUGGUUGUUGGGGUGGUGGAGGGAAUGGUUGGCCUGAUCUUGCUAUUUACACACCUGGAUCGACUUUUCUGUAGUGUGGAAAAAAGGUGAAAAAAUUCAUGUUGAAAGAGAUCAUCAAUCAUUAUUUAUUUUUAUUUUCAAAUUUCAAGAUUAUAUAUGUAGUAUAGUAAAGUAAGGAUUAAUGUAAAAUGGUUUGAAUAUGAAAGUCAUUUGGUGAUGGAAAGAUGAUCAAUGCAGUGAGUUGGGAUCCAUCAUUGGCCAUGAUAUUAGAAUUCAUAGGUUAUAGUCUUUUUUUUUAUUUGAUGAUUUCAUGUGUUUUUCAUAUUUGAAACUUAUGUACUAGCAAUCUAGCAUUACUAAUUUUGGAAAUGCUAAUAUGUUAUGAAAAAUAGAUUUUCUGUA